CUCUGGGCACGCUGUAGGUCUUUAUCCCCCCCUCACCAUUUAAACCGGAAUAUGAGAGCCUCUAGCCCUCACUGUAGCGUGUGGGUCGGAGCACCGGAGGCGAAGAGCCCGACGCAGGGCAAGAACAUGGGGUGAUGAGGGCUCUCCUCUGCUGACCUCAAUGCAGAUGACCAGUGAUGGCCACAGCAUCACCACGACUUUUGUUGGAUGACGUAAUAAACACAGGCAAUCAACAACAGGAGCAACAGCACCAGCAGGAAUUACUGAGCUUGCUAGAGACAAUUGUUCUCACCAUCUUCCUCUCCAUCAUCAUCAUCAUGACAGUGUUUGGAAAUCUGCUGGUCAUGGUGGCACUCUGCAAGGACCGACAUCUACGGAAGAAGAAGACCAACUACUUCAUUGUAUCACUGGCUUUUGCUGACUUGUUAGUUGCGCUGGUGGUUAUGCCUUUCGCUGCGAUUGAGCUGACAACUGGUCAGUGGCGAUACGGAGAGAUCUUCUGCUUGGUUCGUACAUCUCUGGAUGUCCUGUUGACUACAGCAUCCAUACUGCACCUCUGCUGCAUUGCACUGGACAGGUAUUAUGCUAUCUGCUGCCAGCCACUGGUCUACAGGCACAAGAUGACCCCUGUCCGAGUGGCAGUGAUGCUCAGUGGCUGCUGGGUCAUCCCCACAUUCAUCUCCUUCCUACCCAUCAUGCAAAGCUGGAACGCCAUCGGCAUCGAGGACAUAAUAGAGGAGAGACAAGCCAUGACCGGAGGCUCCAAUGACACAAGCUGUGUGUUUCUGGUCAACCGGCCCUACGCCCUGAUCUGCUCUGCGGUGGCUUUCUACGUCCCGUUGGCCCUCAUGGUCCUGGCCUACCAACGAAUCUAUGUUACUGCCAUGACCCACGUACGUCAAAUAGAGACGCUACAACGUGCAGGUUCAGCUCCCAUCAGUGGGGCAGCUCAUAUCAUCACUGUGAGGUCCUCCACUUGCUCAGAUCCAACGGAGCACUACCACCUUAGGACAGCAAUGGGCUCCUCCUCUUCAGAGCACACUCCCAUAGGGACUAGCCGCAUGCGUGUUGAGACUAAGGCGGCAAAGACACUGGCGAUUAUAAUGGGGUGUUUUUGCCUAUGUUGGGCACCGUUCUUCAUCACCAAUGUGGUGGACCCCUUCAUCCACUACUCAGUGCCAUGGCAGCUGUGGACAGCCUGGCUGUGGCUCGGGUAUAUUAACUCAGGGCUGAACCCCUUCCUGUACGCCUUCCUGAACCGGGCGUUUCGGAGGGCAUUUCUGGUGAUACUCUGCUGUGGGGAUGAGCGUUACGUACGGCAGGGGAGCUCCUAUGGAUACACCCCCAGAGUGUGUUCAGCUGCAUCGGUCAAUGGGACAUCUAUGGCCCUGAGAUUGUCCUUCCUGCCAAACCGGAGUUACAGCGACAACGGACGCACGAUACUGGCCAACGAGCAGGAGUCCCAGGACUCUCUUGGAACACUAUGAGUAUGACUUUGCAGUCGGAGGCCUGUGAUGAUGUCA